AUGGUGCUCAACGGUCGCCUAUCCGCUCUCUCGCUCGACGACCAGCGACGCAGCGAUGAGCCCACCAAGCCCGAGAUCCAGCCCGAGACGCCGCCGCGCCCUUCCUCGCCCUCCUUGAGCCGCAUCUACCGCUACACCCCAAUUCCUACCCUCGUCCUCGAUGCCUCCAUGACCGUUGUCGAGGUGUCCAACAGCCAUACCGCCCUGACCGGAAAACCACGCGACUCCCUGCUUCACGCGCGCAUCAGCGAUGUCGGCCCGGAAUGCAUCCCUGCUCCCAACAUUCCCAUCCUGUACGGGGCCCUUCGUGCGGCCACCUCGACUCGGGAGACCCAGGUUGUCGAACAUAUUCUGGUCGAUGGGAGGAUUGCACACAACUUGCGGGUGACUCCGAUCUACGAGGAAUCGACCCUGCUCUACAUUGUUCUAGAGGCCGACAAACUCACGGCUGAGGUCAUCAACAGCCAGCAUGCGUACCUGAACGAGACCUACAAGAUCCUCGUCGAUACCGUCCGGGACUACGCCAUCUUCAUGCUAGAUCCUCACGGCCACAUCGCCACUUGGAAUGCGGGCGCGGGUGUUCUCAAGGGAUACAAGGCGGAGGAGAUCAUCGGCAAGCACUUUUCUAUCCUCUACAGCCCGGAAGACCGAGCGAGCGGCAAACCGCACAGGGCGCUGGCGGUCUGCUUACGGGAGGGCCGGAUCGAGGACGAGGGCUGGAGAUAUCGGCGCGAUGGAUCCAGGUUCUGGGCCAAUGUCCUAAUCACACCGAUUUACCAGUUCGGUCAACAUGUCGGCUUCGUCAAGGUUACCCGCGACCUCACUGAGCGCAAGGAGGCCGAGGCUCGCAUGAUCACCGCCUUUGAAGAGUCAUCGCGGUUAAAGACGGACUUUCUAGCCAACAUCAGCCACGAGAUUCGCACUCCGAUGAAUGGCAUGCAGAUCGCCAUGACAAUGCUAGCUGAUACGGGCCUCUCCCCGGAACAAAUUGAACAUGCCACCAUCAUCCAGGACUCCAUGUCAUUGCUUCUGCAAAUCGUCAACGACGUACUCGACUACUCGAAACUCUCGUCCGGCUCUUUCUCCCUCCAUGCCGACAUGCUGGAUGUCAGGGAAGUCGUCGGUGCAGUCGUCCGCAACUGCCGGUCGUCGCUCAAAGAUGGCGUAGAGUUGACCACCGUCAUCGGCCGUGAUUUCCCAGUGCGCCUGCGCGGGGACCCUUUGCGGUAUCGACAGGUCUUGCAGAAUCUGGUUGGGAACGCGGUCAAAUUCACCGAGAAGGGAUCAAUUCGCGUCUCCAUUUCCUGCGCCACCGACGAGAAUGAUCCCGACUCUUCUGUCGUGAGAACCGAAGUGGCCGACACGGGAAUUGGAGUACCCGACAGCGCGAUCAACACUCUGUUCACUCCCUUCACGCGCUUCGCCAACUCCACCACCCGCAAGUAUCAAGGCACCGGCUUGGGUCUCUCCAUCUGCAAAAGCCUCGCUGAACUUAUGGAAGGGACAGUCGGAUUUGCCCCGAACCCCAACGGCCAUGGCAGUAUCUUCUGGUUUACUGCAAAGAUGGGCGGCCGCUCUGCCGCAACUCCCACAAAGCUACCCAGCGCCCCGGCGACCCCUGUCCCUACAGAACUCGCCACCGAGAUGCGGGCCAUCGCGCCUCGAAAGCAUGUGCUGCUGGUCGAAGACAACAUCGUCAAUCACACCGUCAUGCUGAAACUGCUGCACACCCUGGGCUUCCAGCGAGUCGACGGGGCCUGGAACGGCGCGGAGGCCGUACGAAUGAUCAAGCAGAAACCGUUAUCGUACGAUGUCGUUCUCAUGGAUGUCUCCAUGCCGAUCAUGGACGGCAUUACCGCAACCGGGCAGAUCCGCGACAUGGGACUGGUGAUGCCGAUUAUCGCUAUUACUGGAAAUGCGCUCAAGGGCGAUGCUGAGACGUACAUCGCCAAGGGGAUGAAUGACUGCAUUGGCAAGCCGGUACAUCGGGACCAGUUGCUUAACGUCCUAUGGAGGUGGAUUGGGACGUGA